GGCGGCGCGAUGGCCACGUAUUUGCACGCGCGCGAGGCCGAUGCCUAUGCCAGGCUCCUAAAGGAGCGGCGGCGGCGCUCUAAGGCUGCCCCGAGCUUCCGGUUCGAGCCGCGGGCCAUGCCGACCAUCGAGGAAAGGCCGGUGGGGCUGCCCCCACCGGGGCUGCGCUACACGCUGUACGCGCCGCGCCGGGCCGAGCCGGCGGUGGACGAGCAGGCCGCGGCGGCCGCCGAGGCCCGCCGCCGGGCCGCCGCGGCCGCCGCGGAGGAUGCUGCGAUCCGGCGCUACCUCGUGAAGCAGGCGACCGCGCCGCGAGCGCCGGCGCCCGUCCCGGCGGACGCCGCGGCCGCCGCAGCCGCCGCCGAGGACGCGAGAAACCUGCACCAGCUCAUGUGCGCCGUCGACGAGAAGCACGCCGCCUUGGCGAGACAGACUUUCCGGGAGACCGUGCCGGGCAGCCCGCCCAGGCGGCAGAUGAUACCGCCGCCGCCCGUCGCCCGCCAACCCGGCGCCGCUCCUCCGGAGACGGCCCGCGAGGGACGGCCCGCGGGAACCAAGUGCGUCGGCGAGGAGUGCGGCGUCCUCCUCUUCUACGUCCUCUGCUGCCCCGUUGCGAUGCUUCUCCACAAGAGGCAUCACGGGUAG